AUGGUCAGAUCAUAUAUGCGCCAUGGGCCAACACAGGCUUUUGGUAUCGUCAAUUCACCUACCGCAAAUUCGUCUUAUGAUGGUCGAUUAGCUUAUGUAGCGGGUUGGGAAGAUGUAUUGGUAUGGGAUGUGAAACGUGGAGAGAUGGUAUCUAUGUGGCAUUCGCCUUCGCACACCUCACCAGUAACAUUCCUCACACCUGCACCAUUGCCUUCAUCCUCAACUUCAACUUCAUCCCAAACGUUCGCAGUAUCCUAUCAAGAUGGAUCGAUCAAAUUGUGGUCAUUUGAUCCAUCCACAACUGACGUAGAGGCUAGUGAGAUCGUCACGUUCAAUGGACACAAGAAAAGUGUGACAUACAUGAAAUGGGAUAAUGAUUCUUCUAGAUUAGCUUCAGGAGGAACGGAAGGUGAAAUUGUUGUCUGGGAUAAAAUUGGUGAAGUAGGUUUAUUUAGAUUAAAAGGACAUCGAGGUCCAAUAACAGGAUUGAACUUCAUACCUCAUCCUAAUUCCAACUCAAGCUCGAGCAUUGGAACAAAUCAUCCAGGGUUUUUAAUCAGUACAUCGAAAGAUACUUAUAUGAAAUUGUGGGAUUUGGGAACUCAACAUUGCAUACAAACAAUAGUGGUCGGAAGAGGUGAAGUAACUUCUCUUUCGAUAAAAGAAGAACAAGAUGAAGACUUAGCUCCUGGCGAGAACGAAACAAAUGAAGAGGAAGUAAAAGGUAGAUGGAUCAUAAUUACAGGAAGUGGUGACGGUGAAUCGAAAAUUUGGACUAUUGAAAAGAAUUUACUUGAAAAAGGUUUAAGUGAAAAUGAGAACGGUGAACUACCCACGUUGAUCCAACCACUUGCUAUACUCCCAUUACCCUCAUCUACUCAUCCAAUAUCGCAAAUCGAUUUUCACCCUACAUUACCUCUUCUCUUACUUCAAACAACAGAUAAAAAUAUUGUGAUUCUCAGACUCCGGUCGGAAGAAGAAGUCAAUGCUAAACGUGCUAGACGUAAGAAGAGGGAGAAGGAGAAGGGUAAAAAGAAGAGCAAAUCAGAUGUCUUGGAAGAAGAAGAGGAAAUCAAUGAAAAUGGUUCUAUCCAAUGGGAAGAGAGAAUCACGAGUUGGUGUGUUGUCAGAGCGAAUUCCAAGAUUAAAAGUUUCGCUUUGGCCGACGAAGAAAUAGCUUCUGCUAAAGGCGGAGUUCAGCUACUCGUCGCACUUUCCAACAAUUCGAUGGAAUCGUACACCAUCCCCUCUCCUUCCUCAUCUGCCCGAAAAGCCUCCAAGUUACCUGAUGGGACAUCUCCAGAACCAGUCAAAACACAUGUAGUUGAGCUUCCCGGCCAUCGACAUGACAUUCGUUCCAUCUCAAUCUCUUCAGACGAUCAAGUAAUAGCGACAGCUUCACAUGGUACAUUGAAAAUAUGGAAUGCACGAACAACGGCAUGUAUCAGAACAAUCGAAUGUGGUUAUGCUAUAUGUUCGACCUUCUUACCUGGUGACAGACACGUAGUAGUAGGAACCAAAUCCGGUGAAUUGAUGUUAUACGAUAUCGCUGCUUCAACAUUGUUAGCCACAUACAAAGCGCACAAUGGAUCUAUAUUUGGGAUCGAUGUCAGACCAGACGGAAGAGGUUUAGUAACUGGAAGUGAAGAUAAAGAUGUCAAAUUCUGGGAUUUCGAAAUGAAAGAAAGUGGUGACGGUGAAAAGGUCACAGAUAGAUUAGGUAGAGAGACUGUUUUCAAGACGAAACAACUCGCCUUGGUUCACGUGCGAACGCUCAAAAUGACCGAUGAUGUUUUAUCAGUCAAGUAUUCACCCGACGGAAGAUUCUUAGCUGUAUCUUUAUUGGAUUCUACAGUCAAGAUAUUCUUUUCAGACACACUCAAAUUCUUUUUAUCCCUUUACGGACAUAAACUACCAGUGCUAUCAUUGGAUAUAUCAUCAGACUCGAAGUUGAUAGUGACUUGUUCAGCCGAUAAGAAUGUCAAGAUUUGGGGGAUGGAUUUCGGUGAUUGUCAUCGAAGCUUGUUCGCGCAUGACGAUUCAGUAAUGCAAGUACAAUUUGAGAAAGAAAAGGGAAGUCACUAUUUCUGGACAGUGGGUAAAGAUAGGAUGGUCAAAUACUGGGAUGGAGAUAAGUUCGAGCUCAUACAGAAACUAGAGGGACACCAUGGAGAGAUCUGGGCUUUAGCUACAUCACAUAAUGGUCAAUUCGUAGUAACGGGAUCGCACGAUAAAUCGAUCAGGAUAUGGGAGAAGACUGAAGAACCUUUAUUCCUUGAAGAAGAGAGAGAACGAGAGAUCGAGGCAAUGUACGAUUCCAACCUUGCUGAUUCCUUGAAUCGUGAUCCCGAUGUCGAAGGACUGGAAGGUGGAAACUUGAAUGGGAAUGAAGCAGAAGCGGUCCAAAAACAAACGAGCGAAACCCUCAUGGCUGGUGAAAAGAUUAUGGAAGCUUUGGAAAUAGCAGAUACCGAUAGAGAGACUCUAAGACAAUGGGAAGAAGAGAAAAUAUCAACAGGAAUAGAGAUUUCAAGACCGAAUAGAAAUCCUGAACUGAUAGCUAAAGGUGAUAUAGAAGCCGAUGAGUAUGUCUUGAGCGUAAUUCAGAAGAUUCCAACGGCAAGUAUGGAAGAUGCACUUUUGGUUUUACCUUUUAGACAGGUGGUCAGCCUUUUAGGUUACUUGGAUGAAUGGGCCUUAAAGGGCCAACAAACAGUAUUGGUAUCACGAAUACUAUUCUUCUUACUGCGAACACACUCCAACCAAUUGAUAUCAAACAAAGUGAUGAGAACUCCACUUUUGACACUACGUAAUCAUCUACGAGAAGCAUUAGAGAAACAGCGAGAUGUGAUGGGAUUCAAUCUUGCUGCAUUGAGAUUCGUUAAAUCUCGUUGGGAAAGUGAGAGAACAGCGGGACUCUAUGAAGCGGAGGGAAUGGAUGAAGAAGCAGUCAGGAAGCGGUUGGAGGAAGGAAGAGGUAAAAGGAAAAGAAUACAAGUCAGAGGAUAA